CAAGUGCUCACAAUGCAUGAUCCCAGAUGGCAAAAGGGUCUCUCAUGGUUCGUGAUGGCAUUCCGUCGAACAACUGAUACGCAUUGCUGAUCGCCCGGGGAUGGUGGAGAGAUUCUUCGCCGUGGAGCAGUCCUUGUCCGCCGAGCCGGCGCUGGCCCUCCUUUCCGGCCCGCCGUCCUGUGGGAAGACCUCGCUUUUGUUCCAAUUCGCUAUCAAUUGUGCUUCUGAGACUUCUUCUGGUGAAGUGAUCUUUAUAUGCAACAAGAGGAGAUUGGAGAGCAAGCCUCCUUUCUUAUCUCAGGGCAUUGAUCCGACUUCGGAUGUGUUUCAGAGGAUACAAAUGAAGUAUGUUGAAGAUGAAGAUGGAAUUAAGAAAUACUUUGCGGCAUUUCACUUGCAUGAGAGCUUUCCCAUAGCAGUUAUCAUUGAUGAUUUUGCUGAUUUCUUUAGUGAAAGAACUUGUCAAAAUAGAUAUGCCAAUGCAAGAGGUAGAGAUCUUGCUAUGGUUCGAACUUUGGCUUUGUGUAAAGAUGCCAUCGCACAUGCAAAGGGGGCCUGCAAGCUUCUACUUGCUGAUACACACCAAGGAGACAACCCAAGGUUAUUGUUCAUAUAUAAGAGAUGGAUUCACUCCAUCUUCACAAUUCAGGGUGAUGGCUCAGGAUCAUUUAUUGUGAGUGGCAGUGCCAAUCCAAGCACCAGAUUAGUAAGGAGAGCUGCCAAAUACUCUGUAGCACUUCAGUACCUAGUGUUUGAAGAGAUGAUUGACAAAUGAAGAUGGUACUGUAAAUAAACAGAUCAAAAGAAGAAGAUGACUUACGAAGCUGAGGAGGUAUAGUCAACGGUAUCGUUGUCGGGCGCGGCGACAGCUACAGCCUUCGGGCAGAUCACUGUUCUAUAGGUCUUGGUUGAUUUCCUUGGCACCAAUGUCUU